AUGGCAACAUCCUACCCCCGCCCGGAUUUCCAACGCACCCCUCUAAACUGGAACACCCUAGACGGCCCAUGGACCUUCACUUUCGACGACAAAGACGAAGGCCUAACCUCACAAUGGCACAAAACCAGCCUGGAAGGAAAACCUUCCCACCAGAUAACAGUUCCAUACGCCUUCCAAACCCCAGCUUCGGGGGUAAACCUCAUCGAGGCGCACGAGGUAAUGUGGUACGAGCGACGCAUCACAGACAUCCGCACAGCCGAUCAAAAACAAAAAGGGAAUAGACUCCUCCUCCGCUUCGGCGCCGUCGAUUACGAGUGCUCUGUCUGGGUGGACGGUGUCCUCGUCGGCGGACAUCGUGGCGGACAUGUGCCAUUCGAUAUAGAUGUCUCCGAUGCCCUGCCUGACGGCGCUACGGAGGCUCGUCUCACUCUGCGGGUUAGAGAUUCGCCUUAUGACAUGACCCAGCCGCGUGGUAAGCAGUUCUGGAAGCCCGUUCCGGAAAGUAUUUUCUAUACCCCCAGCGGGGGUAUCUGGCUCUCUGUUUGGUUGGAGAGCGUUCCAGCUAUGCGGUUGCUAUGUGGGAGUGGAGGGACGGUGCUUCGUUCUGAUGAUAUCGAGGGCGGACAGUUGCAUGCAAAGGUCCAUGUUGCCGGACGUCGGGUUGGAAGUACGGCGAAGGUUGAGGUAGAGGUAUCGCUUGCGGGCUUGAGUGUUGCAAGUGUGGACUGCGAGCUUCUGCGGGAGAAAAGUUUCGUUUCGCUUGAUUUGGGUAUAAAGGUUAGUGAAGCUGCGGUGACGAAGUUGAAGAUAAGGAACCAGGGGCUGUUUGGUGUUGAUGGAGUCUGGUGUCGGGGUGUUGCGCUCUGGGCUCCGGAGCAUCCUGUUCUCUAUGAUGUUACGCUUCGGCUAUUUGAUGAGACUGGCGAUCUUGUUGAUGAAGUCCAGACUACGACCGGAAUGCGCAGUCUAUCCUGGCAAAACGGCGAUGGAACAUUCCGGCUGAACGGAAAGCCGUAUUUCCAGAUGCUAUUCCUGGACCAGGGAUACUGGCCUAAAACAGGCAUGACACCCCCUUCUUCAGAGGCGUUGAAGACGGACAUCGAGCUGGCGCAGAAACUAGGCUUCAAUGGAUGUCGCAAGCACCAGAAAGUCGAAGACCCGCGCUUCUACUACUGGGCGGACCGGAUGGGCUUCCUCGUCUGGGGCGAGAUGGCAAAUGCCUAUGAGUUCGACUCUGACUACAUCGAGCGGUUUACCAGCGAGUGGACCGAGGCCGUGAAGAGGGAUAUCAACCACCCAUCGCUGGUCACCUGGACGCCACUAAAUGAGUCGUGGGGUGUGACUGAGUUGAAGCACAAUAUCGAGCAGCGAAAUCAUGUUCGCGCUCUGUACUACUUGACCAAGACCCUCGACCCUAGCAGGCCAAUCAACGACAACUGCGGCUGGGAGCACGUCAAAACAGACCUAACAACCUUCCACGACUACAGAGAUUCAGUCGAGCUGGGCGCAGCAUGCGCCAACAUGUCAGGGAUCCUCGAACUGAAAGACUUCUUGGUGCGAUUUGAGAAGCUGGUUAUGGCGGUUGUAAAGCCGGGGCAUAUUUGUGGGCUUGUCUGGACUCAGUUAUGUGAUAUCGAGCAGGAGGUGAAUGGUCUGUACACCUAUGAUCGUAAAGAGAAGGUUCCCGCAGAGAAGGUGAAACUGAUUAUGGAUGCUGCGAGGGAUCAUUAUUACCAUCAUGUUACGUCUCAUCACUCGAAGGGGUUUAGGAAACUACUGGAUCAGUAUAAGCAGGUUGUGCAUCGUUAG